UGUGACGUCAUCUCCCCGCGACGAUGACGCGCUGCCGCUGCGCUCGCCCUUCACGUCCCUGAACUACAAACGUUACAAAAGGGUUUUGCAACAAGUUUACGCCUUUUAUUCUCGUUUUAUGGACUGGCAGCGGGAAACCGGGACGUUGUAGAAGGAUUCCCAGUUUCAACCAGAAGCAAUGCCUGCUCCAAACUCAGCCGAGAGGAAGGCGUGCUGGGACGCCCGGGACCUGCUGUGGAGGUGUUUAGAUGACAACAACGAUAAACUAGAACCCUGCCAGAGGUUCCAGGCGGAGUUUGAGGCCAACUGUCCUGCUCAAUGGGUGAAGUACUUCACCAAGAGGAGAGACUUCCUGAAGUACAAGGAUAAGAUCCAGACCGACGGUUUCACCCCUGCUGAAGGUCCCAAGCAGGGCGCAUAACCAUCAUCCUCUGCCUGAUUCCUUGUUUUUAACCAUCUGUACUUGUGACAGAGCUGCAGGACUCAGUGAGGGGUCAUCAACCUUAUUGUGAAAACACAACCCCAACAAUUAUUAUUUAUAUGUAUGAUUAAAUGCUGCUUUGGAAUCCAGAUGGCAGUACAAGGGAUAUUUGUGAGAAUGGUUUUGAGUGUAUAUAUUUAGAAAUAUGUGGCAUCAGAUGGUGUUGUCUAACCUCUCAGGAGCACUUAAAUAUAAUAAUGAUUAUGAAUCUUUUAUCAUAUGAAUGAGGUACUGAACGGUCCCUCAGACUAGAGUUGUUCCAAUACCGACGCCAGGAAAAGAAAAACCUUGCAGAUACUGCCACAAAUCAGAGUAUUAGUGAGUACUUACUUGUGAGCAUCCAAUAUGCUGUAACUUUUAUGAUCA